AUGAGAAAAAUUUUAAUACUUGCUGCUUUGGUUUGCUUGACUUUUGCUUAAAACGUCCAAGAAUGCCCUACUGAUGGUCGUCUUAUGAAGUGUGUCGUCUAAUAAUAACCCGUUUGUGGUAUCAGAAGCUUAACUAAUGGCAAGCAAAUUAAGGAGACUUUUGAUAAUUACUGUAUUGCUUGCUCUAUUGGAAAGGUUGAAUACACCGUAGAAGGAAAAUGUGAAAGCUAUCCUGCUGAAGCUAAAUUCUGUUCUCCUGCUUAAUCUUAAGCAUUAGCUUGCACAAGAGAAUACGAUCCUCACUGUGGAUACUUCAACAAGACUGUUUAAUGUCUUGUUCCCCCUUGUGCUAUUGAACAAUCUAACAGAUGCACUACCUGCUCUACUGAAAAUGUUCUCUACACAGUCAGAGGAAAUUGUAGAAAUUGA